AUGACUAAAGGUGGAUGCAAUAAAAUUUAUUCAGCAAAUUGGAUUAGUGAAGAAUAUGUCAAAUGGAAUUCUAAAGAACGACAAUUAACAUUUAAAGUAGUACUUAAAGAAUUAGGAAAUAUUGAAGCUGCUAAUAGAAGUUGGUUUGAUGAGGCAAAAUCACAUUUGAUAUUAAGUAACAAAUAUACAGACUUUGUAGGAUGUUGUGGUUUAACUCAAGAUUCAUCAAGUGGAAAUUAUAUGCUUGUAAUGCAUUUAUUGGAUAUGGAUUUAAGAAAAUAUUUACAAAAGCAUCAAUGUACAUGGGAAGAAAAAAUACAUGUAGUCUGGCAUUUAAUUGUGGCACUUCGUAGAAUUCAUUACAAUGAUGCAAUUCAUCGAGAUUUACAUUCUGGAAAUGUUUUAUAUUCACAAUAG